AUGAAUAAUGUUAUCGUAAUGAGAAGUCUCGAUGAUGAUGAAACUAAUCAAGCAUUUCUAGAAGCUAUCCAUCCAUAUCACCCAACUAUGCAUUCUUACGAAGAGCCAAAACGAAAACAUCCUGGUUCUCCUAAUUCAACCUACACUAAACCUCCUGAGCAUAAUACUUUCCUUUAUUCACCGCGGGGAACAAUACAAGACCUCGGGAAAAAAGUUGGACCAAUGGUAUUUUAUAAUGAUUCAGUAGAUGACUUUGGCUUAGUCAGAAUAACAAAUGAAGAGCUCAAACCAACACGGAAUAUAGUGAAUACAGAUGAUGAUGAAUUUGAAGAACUAUUUAUAAGGGAUGUUGAACCUUUAUUGUGCAUUCAUGCUCACGUAUGUAAAUCUGGCACAAUCUUCGAAAGUGAUGCUGAUGACGAAAUAGGUAAAG